UAGGACUGGUGUUACAUAAAAUGCCACUUUUCGCUUACAUAAACCACGUUACUUAUAUACGGGGUAUCCAGAAAGAUUUGCGAUGCUGCAGCCUUCAGUCAGAUGUCGUAGUUAAUUAGUGCUGAUACAUACAGCUUAAUGAAAUUGAUCAAACUGAUAGGUGUUUUGUUAUUGAAGGCUGUUCCAAAUUGUGACACACCCACUAAAUGUUUCAGCUCUUCUAUUUAUCAUACAUACCACACAACGUCCACCAGAACUAACACCCAUAUCAGUAACAUAGAAGGGAGUAUGGAGAAACCUCCUCCUAUAUCAGAUCGACUGAAGAAAGCGAAAGAAGAGGCAAUAUGGGGAAUGCAUAUCGCUGAUGCUCUAGCUAUGCCUGUACACUGGUAUUAUAAUGCUGAAGAUAUCAAAUGGGGUUAUGGAGGUUGGUUGACUGGAUAUCGCCCACCAAAUAAAAAACAUCCUACCAGUAUUCUAACUAUAUCUAAUUAUGGUGGUAGUGGCCGAGCAUAUGGUCAGAAAUCACAACAAGUUAUAGGUAAUGUUAUACUACACGAUAAACUACCAUAUUGGACUAGUAGAGAUAGAAACAUACAUUAUCAUCAAGGUAUGAGUGCUGGUGAUAAUACACUAAAUACACUAAUGGCUCUACGGAUGUUACAAACCAUCAUACGUGUUGAUAAGCAGGCUGUCAAACCAGAUAGCCUGGUACGAGAAGCUGUGAUAGAAGACUAUGUCAAAUUUAUGACUACACCAGGAUCACACCAGGACACCUACUGUGAAUCCUUCCAUCGCUCUUUCUUCAAGGACUGGGUGACUGAGUCAAAACCACCAAAAUUAGGAGCUGACAUAGUCAAAUUUGCUGAAACCAGGUUGAAUAACUAUCAGAACAAAUCAGAAGAUUCUCAACUUCUGGCUAUUGGUGGUUUAGUUCCCACUAUUCCCUGGAUUAUAAGAACUGCUCAUCGUUCGGAAACAGAAUGUGCCAAUUCUGCUGUUGAAUUAAUCAAGUUGACUCAUCCUACACCUUCUCUCUAUCCAUUUGUCGAUCUCUACGCACGUUUGUUACAUGGUGUGCUAAACGGUAAAGAUUUACGAGCGGGGGUUUUGGAGGUGUCCGGUCAUUCAGCUUUAGGUGGGCCACAAACAAGAGAGGAACUUUUAUCAUUAAUUGAUGAAGCAGAAAGGCACCCUAAAGGCUCCGAAAAGAGACUACGAGCAUAUCAAAAUGCACUGUCGGAUCUUGGUAUGGCUUGUUAUAUAGAAGGUGCUAUGACAUCGAUGCUAUUUUUAGCCUAUGAAUUUAGUAAUGAUUUCGAAGGAGGGGUUUUGGCUAAUGCUAACUGUGGAGGAGAAAAUUGUCACAGAGGUGGAGCGCUUGGUGCAUUAUUAGGAGCCGCCAGUGUCACAUACGGAGCCAAUAUACCACAGAAGUGGAAAGAUGGGUUAGGUGUAGCUAAAUUACGGGUAGAAACUGCUCUCAGAGACAUGAAUUGUUAAUACAAGCUACAACCAAAUUUUAUUUUUAUAAUGCUUUAAUCUAAGGAGGGCAAUUCUAUUUAAAAAUACUAUACCUCAGGAGGUGGGAAAAUGCUUUUUGGAAAGAUCCCAACCAUUAAUUUGUAUAUACAUUUGUAUGUAUCAACACUUCAAUCUGCUUAUAAUACAUAUCUAUGUUACGUUUCGUUUUUUUAUACUUUCGAUGGCCUAUACAACAUGAAAAUCUGACUGGUUGUAGUGGAAGGUUGCAUCAGAGGUCAUAUGAGUGGCUUUUGACCCUAUGAUGUCAGACUGUUUCAUUUGUUAAUCUGUCACACCAUCCAGAAUGCGGGUUAUAUAACAACUUUUCCAGUUCCUAGUGUAGUAAAGACAAGUAAAACGAAAUUUUGAACUAUAAAAAACGAAACGAAAUAGGAUCUGUGUUAUAAUCAGAUUGAUCAACACUUCUACUAACAGAAGUUUAAGGCAAAAUAUGCAGGACCCUUUUCAAGACCCCUCUCCACUCAGUUAUUCCAAAUUUUGAAGACCCGAUCCUACCAGGUGUUUUGAAAUGGAACAGCCCCAAUAUUUAUCUUAAAUUGAAGGGCUUUUCUUGUUUAUAAUUGAAAACAAUUUCCACCGAUCGAAUGGCUUUUCAUGUUUUUAAUCAUUUGAAAACAUAUCCACCAAUUUCUCAGAGAUUGAUAGAAUUAUUUAUAUGUGAUAUUAUAUAUUAAUAAUUCAUAAUACUAUACUUAAAGAAGCUAAAUCGCUAAUAUUUGAGGUCUAGAAAUUGACACAAAUGGGUUGCAACCCAUAUAAUAUGUAAUAUAAAUGUAUAUAAACUGAUUUACAUUCAAUUGUUUCUGUUUUUACUCUUAAUUUCAAAUCAGUUAUGUUCGACAAAAUACGCUAGCAGUCUCAAUCUAAUGGCAAUCUCUAGUGUCUGGUUAUUUCAGUCUACACAGGUAGUAUUUAUUGCGCAUGCUCUACAGAUAAGAAUAUGGCUUCACCGUUUGACAUGACUUGUGGAAUAUGUCUAGCCUCGUUCUUCAAGUCCCUUAUUACAAAUGGUGCUGAAACGCAUUCUGGUACACGAAUCAUUUUACCAAUGGUAAAAUUUUUAUUUUGUCUUAAAUAUCAGAAGCCCAUCUUUUCCCAGUAAGAUCAGAUUAUCAAUGUUGAUUUAAAUAGACAAAUAAUUCGUGUUUUCAAUGUCGAAGACUUUGGAUGAUAUUGAGUUAAAGACUUAGCUACUUUAACUGUGUGAUAUUAUAUAUUAAUAUUUUAUAACAUAUUUAUUAUAUGUGCUUAAUACUCUGUGUAAUCCUUUAUAUAUUUUUAUUUACUUGAAUCUUAAAAUCUUGUCUCUGAAAAAGUUCAUUUUCACAAUUUUAAAGGUCAAAAUGUAGUACUACAAUAUUUUCACCACUUAUUUCACUAUCACUGUUUGUCUAUUGACAUAGAUUUGGGGCUACUUGGCUCUUUGCUUAUAAAUUUGUAACUUUUACAUCAAAUGUAAUAGGCUAUUGAAUGUUGAAAUGGCCAUAGUCUUUACUUGUUUUAAUUGUUUCAAAAUUGAAUACAUAUAAUUUUGAAUUGCAAGCUAUUGAAUGUUAACAGGUGAUUUAAAGGCUCAAUACCACUCUUGUUGUAACUGAAUAAUAUGUCACAAUCUUUAUUCUGGUCAACAAAUUGUACUAUUUUACAAUAUUCCAAUUAAUUGAUGAUAAAAAUUUCAUCUUAACACACCUAAUUUAAAAAAUUGGAAAAAUUCAACUAAAUGAUUUGAAAAGCCUGACGUAAAGCUUUUCAAAUGUGACUUGGAUUUAAAAAUAUUUUUGACCCCUCUGGACAAGUAAAAUAGGAUUUAAUGGAUAAUUUACACAACAGGUAGGACACUAACCCAUCUAGUACUUAGAAUAAGGCUAUUUUUUAUUUUCUGGAGCUGUCAAGCCAGCAAGAGUGUUAUUGUCCCUUUAAUUGUCUUAAUUUGAUCAAAAUUGCACAGUGACAUGGUAAUGAUAAUUUAGUUAAAUUAACUCUAAAAAAAUAUGUACAUGUUGUACAAUAGGCUAUUGUAUGUUGGUUGUACUGUAAACACUUUGUAGUAUUAUGUGAUGUAAUCAAGCCUGGAAAUAAUGAAUCGAGUUGUUCAUGACAAAAUAUUAGAUACUUAAUUAAUAAACUAGUACUAUUAAAGAUGCAUUAUGUAAGACCUAAAUCUGCCUAUUAAAGGUCUUUAUUUAGGCCUGAAACGUUUUCUAAAUUAGUAAUUAGACAGUGAUUUUGUUAAAUAUACGUUAUGUAAGAACUAAAUCUGCCUGUUGCAGGUCUAUUUUUUGGCAUUUUCAAUAUACAUGUGUAAUCAAUUUUCAUCAUCUAUUUUUGAACUAUUAUAGCAAUAAUGCCCAAAAUUUUUUACAUAAAUCUUACAUAAUGCAUCUUUAAUAAGAAUUUGUGCUCCAUUUCCACAAAGUGUGCUCAAAAGCAUUAAACAACUAAAGUCCCGUUUUAAUUUCAUUUUUCAGGAAAAAUAAUCAUAUCUUGGUAAAUAUAAGUUAAACAUACAUUAUGCAAGAGCUAAAUCUGCCUAUUGCAGGUCUUUCUUUAGGCCUUAAAUGUUAUCUAAAUUACUAAUUAGACAUUAAUUAACAAAACAAGACCAUAAUUAACUCUCAAUGCCAUCGAAUACUCAACAUUUUAACUAGAUUAGAACAGUUCGCCAUUUAAAAAUUUAAUUUAAAAAUGGGAAAGCAAGGCUAAGUCUUGAAUAUACCAGUGCCCUGGUUACCACAAUGCACAUAUCUUGUCAAAACUACCAACAGUGAUAACUUGGCUCAGAAUAGAGUGAUUUGAAUGAAAUUUUCAAUAUUUUCAUUUUACAUUAACUAUUUUUGAGCUAUUAUAGCAAGAAUGGCCAGCUCUUUAUCUAAAUCUUACAUAAUGUAUCUUUAAGUUCUUUUCCUGUUAAAGUGGAGUUUGAUAUAAGAAUAUUACAAAAGAUAACAAGCCAUCAGUACCGGAUAUUUUGACAUUUUUGCCUGACAAAGUUUAAAGUUUUAUCGGACAAUGUCUAUGACAGGUGCUUAUUUUCAGGCUUGAAUGUAAAUGUGUGAAGAUUUAAAUAUGAAAUCCAGCCUUGAUAUUGUAAGGAAAGUAGAAUGAAGGGAGUGGAAACUUUGUAAUUAUAUUGUUAGAAGGUCUUUUCAACCCCACAAAAGUUUUGGGAUUUUGAAAGCAAAUGGUGGGAAAUAUAGAGCUUUCAUAAACUAGUGUGUACCUGGAUUAGUUUCCUCUCUUGUCCAAUCAAAAUCACUUGUUCACACCUGUACUAAAAGACGGGUAUCUGUAGUGUCAAUAGUGACAUCUGUCUGUGGAGUAAUCGUGGUGAUCUUAUCAGGUCUUAUCAUAUAUUGAUGUCAGUUGUAGCAAUCGUGUUGAUCGUAUCGAAACGCAUCUGCACGUACCAGAGCGUGGACUCAAUAGGGACACUCACAACGCAUAACACGACAUUGGGAACCUCGCAUUACUGAGCUACUUUGCAACUAGGCUUGAUCAAGACUAGAGAAGCCUAGUUAGACAUGGUCGCUCAGUAAUAAGCAGUAAUUGUAUUCCAUAGAAUUGUGACCUGUGUAUAUCCUUUAUUUUAGUUCUGUGACUCCUGAAAGCACAGAUGUGGUGUGGAUAAAGUCGUGAACGAUCAAACAUGGCUAAUAUGUUUUAGCAGUUCUGAUUGGUAGAUAUAUUCUAUUUACUCUUUUCAUGUCUGUCUGUCUGAGUUGACAGAGAAAAAAAGGAGGGCAAAAUAUUAUGUUUUAUGUCAAAUAAUUAUUAUUUUAUGUAAAU